AUGUCUAAACCGGCGGAGAAGAAGUUAGCCGAAUGUCUGAUGAGGCGGAAAGCAGUGAUGGUAGUGCAUGAUUCCGUUGAGGCGUUCAUCAAGAAGUUCGACGAUGACCAGGAUGUGUACCAGAUUCCGAUCCGUAUUGAGGCCCUCGACCGUGUUUACAGCGAGUUUCAAGAAGUGCAGUCCGACAUCGAGAAGUACGAUUCCCCCGAGAUGUUCGAUGAGCACUUGCAGGAGCGAACAGCGUUAGAGUCGAGAUACUGCAAGGCCAAGGGAUUCCUCCUGAUGAAGCGGUCCACAGAUGCAAACCAAUCAACGUUGAACACCUCGACCUCCAAUGUCCAACAAGUUUCGGCCGGUUUUCACCUUCGAUUACCCAAGAUCGACCUCCCCAGAUUCGAUGGAGACUUUUCUCGGUGGCUCUCCUUCCGCGACGCGUUCACAUCGAUGGUCCAUUCCAAUGCGGACAUUCCAACGGUAGCGAAGCUACAAUAUCUCCUGCAGUCGUUGGAAGGAGAAGCCCACAAGCCAUUUGAAUCAGUUGACAUAGAAGCGGACAACUAUGCCUCGACUUGGGACGCUCUACUAAAACGCUACGACAACAAGCGUUUCCUGAAGCGUCAACUAUUUCGAGCCCUGUAUGACCUCCCACCACUGAAGAAAGAAUCCCCGAAGGAGCUGCAUGAUCUGGUUGACGACUACCAGCGGCAUGUCAAGGCGUUAGCGAAGUUGAAUGAACCAGUAAUCCAUUGGGACACUCCGUUGAUCAACCUGCUGAGCUACAAGCUGGAUCCUACAACCCUCCGAGCUUGGGAGGAGAAGACGAGUAGCUCCGAUAACGUCACCUAUAAUGAGUUGGUUGAUUUCCUGUAUCAACGUGUCCGAAUGCUGAAGUCCGUUGUCACCGAUCUGCAGCAGCGCUCCUAUCUACCCGGCCAAGUCAAGGUGGCCGGUCCCACAAACUCCCAGAAGAAGCCAUUCAAGAUGGUAUCCAAUUCCGCCACGACCGAACCCAAAUCCUACGCUCCGAGCUGUAUAGCCUGUCCAGAAAGCCAUUUCCUAUUUCAAUGUCCAGCAUUUUCCAAAAUGUCUGUUCGCCAGCGCCGUGAGAUGGUAUCUCAGAAGCGCCUAUGCUGGAAUUGCUUCCGCUCUGGACACCAAGGUCGAAAUUGUACUUCGAAGUAUGAUUGCCGAAGUUGUCAUCAAAAGCACCAUACCCUCCUACACGAAAACCCCGCCACAAAGAGUUCAUCCGCUCCUGCUGUCGUAUCUGGCCAAUCACCCCAACAACCGAAUCUAGCACCGUCAACUGCCGGCGAGCCUUCCGGGUCAGCGAACCCAAAUCCUCAAGUUAGCUUGGCGGUACAGUCAUACCAAUCUACCGUCCUGCUGGAAACGGUUACCCUCCUUGUUGUGGACCAGAACGGCACUGAGCACUCCGCUCGUGCACUGCUUGAUUCGGGUUCGAUGUGCAGCUUCAUUACGAAGAAACUGGCCAACGCUUUGAAUCUCCGCCGUACGAAAGUAGACGUUGCCGUAUCUGGAAUCGGUGAUUCCUCCAAGCAGAUCAAACGCAAGUUGACUGCCACUAUUAAAUCCAAACUGCUUUCGUACACUACCUCUGUCGAAUUCCUGAUCCUGAAAAGGCCAACCGUAUGCUUGCCAACCACUCCGAUUGAUGUUUCCUCGUGGAAAUUUCCUAAGAUUCCGUUAGCCGAUCCACGUUUCCACAUCCCCGCCGACAUCGACAUGGUUGUUGGUGGUGAAAUUUACCACGAAUUGCACACUGGCAGCAAGAUAUCACUCGGCGAAGGACAGCCUAUUUUCGUCGAGACUGUCUUCGGAUGGGCUGUGUCAGGGAAAGUAUCCAUCCAAUCUCCGCAAAUUCCGCGAGUCUGUCAUCUCACCACUGUGGACCGGAACCUAGAACAAGCCCUGCAGAAGUUCUGGGAACUGGAAGCCGUUGACACGUGUUCCAAGUUCACGACCGAAGAAAAUAUCUGUGAAGAACUGUAUGCCACUACCACCACUCGCGAAUCGUCGGGUCGUUACGUCGUUUCCUUACCACUCACCCGCGAUCCGCUCGUCACUCUCGGUGAAUCUCGAUCAAUCGCCGAACGCCGCUUUCUCAGCCUUGAAAAACGACUUGAGCGAGAUCCAACCACCAAGGAGGCCUACUGUCGCUUCAUGGAAGAAUACGAAGCCCUAAACCACAUGGUGAAGCUCGUGGAUCCAAUAGACGACACCCUGCCACACUGCUAUCUUCCACACCAUCCGGUGUUUAAAGAAUCCAGCACCACAACGAAGGUCCGAGUCGUCUUUGACGCCUCGUGUAAGACGGCGUCCGGAUUUUCCGUGAAUGACCUACAGUUAGUUGGACCCGUCGUUCAGGAUGAUCUAUUGUCGAUCCACAUCCGCUUUCGCAGUCACCAGAUUGCACUCGUCGCCGAUGUCGAGAAAAUGUACCGGCAAAUCCUGAUCCAUCCCCGUUACCGUCGAUAUCAACGCAUCCUCUGGCGUUCCAAUCCAAGCCAACCGAUUAGUACGUACGAGAUGCAAACUGUUACGUAUGGCUUCGCAUCCGCUCCAUUCCUGGCAACCCGAACCGUCGUACAAAUCGCCCGAGACUCGGCCGAAGAGUAUCCAGUCGCAGCGCCGAAGGCCGAGAAGGAUUUCUACGUGGAUGACUUCAUGUCUGGGUCUGACGAUGUUGAAUCUGCAAUCCAAGUGCGCCAGGAAAUGUCCGCCAUGUUGUCAGCAGCAGGUUUUCCUCUGAAGAAAUGGGCGUCCAACUCGCCUGAAGCCCUCGCCGAUGUUCCAGCCGAAGAUUUGGCAUUGGCGCCAUACCACGAUCUCCAAGACACUCAGUCCGUUUCGACCCUCGGAUUGAUCUGGGAACCGACGUCCGAUAUGAUGUCGUUCAAGGUUCACCUUCCACUGCCCGCGCCCGUUCUUACGAAGAGGAAGAUCAUGUCCUACAUCGCGCAAAUCUUCGACCCGCUGGGCCUAGUUGGGCCUGUAAUAGUCGUCGCCAAGUUAUUUAUGCAGCGCUUGUGGGCGCUAAAGACCGAAGACGACGAUCCAUUCGAGUGGGAUCGUCCCCUCCCAGCCAACCUCCAAAGUGAAUGGAAGCAGUUCCAUGGAACGCUCGAUACAAUCGCCAACCUCCGUAUGCCGCGCUGUGUAUCCUUGGCCGAUCCGUCCUCAUUCCAAUUCCACAUUUUCUCCGAUGCCUCGCAGAAGGCGUACGGGGCGUGUUGUUAUGUUCGCUCGCAGUCUGCCGGAGCCGUUCUUGUUCGGCUGCUGACGUCCAAGUAG